AUCUCAUGCAUUGCGUUGAAGGCAAUAUUUUGUACAUUUGAAAUUGACAGCCGAAAGAUGCACUGUGCACCCUGUCCUUAUCACUCCACUACUACAAUCCACUUACUUACUCGCCUGUGGGCGUGGCUCGUGUAGGUACCGCCCUCAUCACCGUGGCAACGGGGUCAAUGUCGGAGGCAGAGGAAGAGAGGGCGGGGCUCGUCAAGACUCACGCCUACGCAGUCCUCAGCAUGGUGGAAGUGAAGGGGUUAAAACUGCUGCAACUGAAAAAUCCGUGGAGCCAUAGAAGAUGGAAAGGAAAGUAUUCAGAGAAUGAUACUACAAACUGGACCCCAGAACUGAGCAGAACGCUGAACUACGACCUGACGCAGGCACGCCAGGUGGACAACGGUGUGUUUUGGAUAGACUGGAAGUCACUGCAGACGUUCUACGACGUCAUUUACAUCAACUGGAAUCCGGCACUGUUCAAACACAAGUCGACCAUCCACGAUGUGUGGGUACCAGGUCACACACAGAAAGACCUCUACGACGUCAGCAGUAAUCCUCAGUAUUCUCUCAAGAUCCAUAGUCCAGUCCAUAGACCUCUGGUCUGGGUGCUUCUCACUCGACACAUUACAACAAAGAGUGAUUUUGCCAACAAUGAAAAGUUUAUCACUCUCAACAUCGCCGCUACCGACGGGGGCAGAAUCUAUCUCCCUGACGACAUGGUGGUGUACGGAGUAAAGAUAAACACGCCUCAUUACCUCGCCAAAUUGGAGGAGCUGUCUCCUGGCGACAGCACGUUCACCGUCAUCGUAUCGCAGCUGGAGAGUCUCAGUGCCAUCCACUACACCCUCAGGGUUUACUCCACAUGUGAAUUCUCAGUCGCUCCGGUACACAAUCCCUACCAUCACUCUGAAGAGCUGAAGGGGGUGUGGCAGCCGGGGACAAGAGGCGACGCCUACUUCAAAUUGACGACCAAUACAUUUGACUCCAAACUACUAGUGAAGCUAGCCGGUCCCAAGGAGAUUUUCGUGCAGACUGGAAUAGCGCCGGCCUCCCCCUCGGCCGAAUUUAACCCCUUGGACACUGGGGUGUACAGACCCGGCGUGACGUUUAUGGAGGUUCCCUCUCUUCCAAAGGGGGAGUUCAAAAUCUCUACCAAGUUUAUCACGGGCAAGACUGUUCCUUCAAAACCAGUACCUUUUAUAGUGACAGUUCAGUCCAGCCAGGUUUUUAAUUUUGAGCAUUAUUGAUAACCGCCUGUAUCAUCGCUUGUUAUCUGUGCCUCUAUAUCUUUCAUACAACCAUACCCAGAAAGGGUUUUGUCCCGGUUUAUGAUGUUUUACGUGGUAUUGCAGGCUGAAUGGUUCGUUUCAAAUUGCUGUAUUUGUCAGAGGGUUAUAAGUGAAUAAUUGCACGACAUGAUAAAUAUAAGUGGAGUGAUAUGGUUGAAUAGUGAGCCAUACAAACCAAUACACAGAGAAGAGAGUUAUGAGGCUAUUAUGGGAACAGG